GCAUCGUCGUGCGGGUUGUGGCCGAAUCGCGCUUAAAUGUAUUCUCUCGGAUUGAUCGUGGUUCUUUUCGUUUUCGUUGGACGUGUCUGCUGUUGAUACAGGUUCCUGUCUUUCAAGGAAAGGACAAGAAAGUUUUUUUUUGCGGUUGUUGUGAUAAUUUCGAGUUGAAAUGGAUCCCAACAACGCUAGCCUAUCCUGCGUUGCAACCAUCGACUGGUUGAACACUCAGGGAACCACCAUCAAGAAAUUGGCCUACAAACAGGCCACCCUCCGUCUGGUCCGGAAUACGUUAAAGGAAAUGUUUUUGGAAAUUUCCGCCGAAAAGAUGAAGGCCAUUAAAUUAAAAUUAAAAGGAAUUAAUGUCCACUCUAAGUUCAUGGCAGAAGGCAAGGCCUCUAUUCGCUUUAAUGACGAAAAAUGCACCUUAUUCUUAUCUAACGCGCCACCGGGGCUGCUUGUUCAAUUUUUGAAGGUGAUAUUCGUCAAGAUUACCACGGGCCAGACGUCCAAUGAAGAAACCAAAGAGGAAAUGCUGAAGAAAACCCGUGCUCAUUUGCUGUCGGAAAAAGCAAAUCAGUUCGAUGAUAUCAGUCCGGUUACGAAUGCUGAGUUGGCCCGCGCGAAGAAGCUGGCAGUGGGUAAUGGUUCCAGUACAACACCUUCGGCACAGCAAAAACGUAAACGUAUUUCCGGUGAGGAGCAAAGACCUCCUCCAAAGAAGCUGUACGUUCCGUCUCCCCUGACCGGUAACAUGGAAGUUGUAGAAGUACUGAACGAACAGCAGAAGAUGGUGCUGGAAGCUUGCAAUUCAGGACGUAGUGUAUUCUUCACUGGAUCUGCCGGCACAGGUAAAAGUUUUCUCUUAAGGAAGAUCAUUUCGACACUUCCACCGGAUGGAACGGUGGCGACCGCUUCGACUGGUGUCGCUGCUUGCUUGAUUGGUGGUACGACUUUGCAUUCAUUCGCCGGAAUCGGAAGCGGUGAAGCUUCGCUUCAACGGUGCUAUGAGAUGGCCUCUAGGCCUAACAGUGCUCAGAUCUGGAGGAAAUGCAAACGAUUGAUUAUCGAUGAAAUUUCCAUGGUGGAUGGAGACUAUUUCGAGAAAAUCGAAGCCGUUGCUCGUUAUGUUCGUAAAACCGACAAACCGUUCGGAGGAAUCCAGUUGAUCCUGUGCGGGGAUUUUUUUCAGUUGCCCCCAGUCGUAAAGCAGGAUAAGUUCUCUCGAAAUGCUAUGUCGCAGGAUGUUGCUGUGCCGUUGGUUCGAUUCAGUUUUCAAUCGAAAGCCUGGCGCGAGUGCAUUCAGAAUUCGUACGAGCUUUCCGUCGUUCACCGACAGAAGGAUCCCGAAUUUGUCUCCAUUCUAAACAGUAUUAGAAUCGGUCGUGUAACACCGGAAAUUCGCGAUCGACUGGCGGCGACUUCCAAGCAGCAAAUCGAAAUGGAAGGCAUUCUCGCCACGCAACUUUGUUCCCACACCAACGAUGCAGAUUUGAUCAAUCAAUCGAAGCUUAACAAUCUCUCGGGAGAGGAAAAGACUUUCCAUGCAAUCGAUAGUGAUGCCUACAUGACGAGGCAAUUGGAUCAACAGGUCCAAGCGCCUGGUAAACUUACACUUAAGCUGGGUGCCCAAGUGAUGCUAUUAAAGAAUCUCAACAUUGCCGAAGGCCUGGUAAACGGUGCUCGUGGAGUUGUGAUAAAUUUCGUCCAAGGGUACCCGUUGGUGAAAUUCAAGAAACGUGAACUGCUAGUCAAACCGGAAAAAUGGUCCAUCAAAACGGCGGGAGCCGUCAUCAUUAAUCGUUGUCAACUGCCGCUGAAACUAGCUUGGGCUUUCUCAAUCCAUAAAUCUCAAGGUCUGACGCUGGAUUGCGUCGAGAUGUCAUUGUCCAAGGUGUUCGAAGCGGGACAAGCCUAUGUGGCCCUGAGUCGAGCUCAGAGCCUGGAGAGCCUGCGGGUGCUGGACGGUAAACAAGUGUGGGCCAAUCCAACCGUACUGGAGUAUUAUCGUGAUUUGCGCCGGCAGAUCCGUGACCGUGAGCUCAUUACUCCGAUGGCUGUGAAAAAGAAGGAUGGUGGACUGAAGAAGUCUCUUUCCUCGAUAGGAUUGACCAAGUCGAUGAUGGCUAAACCACUUGUGACGAUUAACUAGAUGAAUUUUGAUUCUAAGCUUAGGCAUAAUUUUAUUCAUUUUGUUCAUUUGAUUUCAACUUUCAUAGCUUUCGUACCUUAAUUUUAAAGGAAAUUCGCUUCGCGUAGCGUACAAGCAAGUGCAUUCGACAUAUAACUAGAAGAAUUUGUACUUAAUGAUAAUUGACGGAAUUAGUGAUAAGUACCAUCACCCUAUUUAGAUAAGAAGCAAUCCUAACCUUGAACUUAUAACGAAAAUUAAAAGAGCAGUA